GCUCGAUGCCCCGUGCUUUGCCGGCUGACGGUGCGUUGUCUAUGCAUUUGUCCGGCCCGAGAGCGCAGGGGAAGCAGCACACUGAGUCUGGACCGGACCAAGAGCGAAUCAGUUUCGUUAUUCAGUUUCCUUUUUAAAACGUUAUUGAAGACCUGUCUAAAUAAAGAUACCGGAGCGGGUGCGCAAGUGUAGUCAAAUCACAGGCACGGAGUAAAGGCAAUUGCUCACCAGACCGGCAGCGUAGGCGUUAUUUUUUCCCCAGUGCCUCUCAGUUUUGCAACAAAAAGCAGCGAUAGAAAGAGAACUUGAAUGCCAAUUUGAACGCGUGGACAUCUUCAGACGGACAAGAAUUCACACAAAACGCGUCUAUCUGAUUGUGUGUGUGUUUUUUUUUAUCGGAUCUGAAGUGCGGGAUGGAUGUGCGCUUAGCGCUCGUGUUGUGCGUCCUGGCCGGAGCGGUGAGCGCAGAAAGCGCGAGCGGUAAAUCUCGGAGCUGCGCGGCUUUCCGACAAUUCUACAACACCAAGGGCUUCUCCAUGAGUGGUGUUCCGCAGGCGCAAAUCUCUGGUGAGCAUUUGCGAGUGUGUCCACAAGGCUACACCUGCUGUACAAGUUUGAUAGAGGAGACUCUGUCCAACCUGAGCAGGAUUGAAUUUGUGGACCAGGUGAAAGAUUCUGGGCAAGCUUUACAAGUCACCCUCAACAGCCAGUACAAAAGCUUUGAUGGUUAUUUCCAAGAUCUGCUGAACGAUUCUGAAACGUCUCUCCAUAAAUCAUUGCAGUCCACCUUCGGCUUGCUCUUCUCCCAGAACGCCCAGGUGUUCCAGGAUCUCUAUUCAGAUCUGAGGCGCUACUACCGUGGCUCCAAAAUGAACCUGGAGGAGUCACUGAACGACUUCUGGGCACGGCUGCUCGAGAGGUUGGUGCGAGGAAUGAAUGGACGCUACAGCAUGAGCGAAGAUUAUCUGGAGUGUGUGGCGAAGCAAGCAGAGACGCUGCGUCCAUUUGGAGAAACAGUACGAGAGUUGAAGCUCAAGGUCACACGCACCAUUGUGGCUGCCAGAUCAUUUGUUCAUGGGCUCGUCGUUGCUGGGGAAGUGGUGAGAAAAGUCUCUCAGGCGCCUCUCAGUCAUGAGUGUGCACGUGCCCUGAUGAAGCAGACCUACUGUCCUCACUGUAGAGAAAUGGCCUGGGCUAAACCAUGUGCCCCAUACUGCAGAAAUGUGAUGAAAGGCUGUCUUGCCAAUCAGGCAGACUUGGACACAGAGUGGAAAAACCUUGCAGAUGCUAUGCUAAUGGUGGCUGAUCGGCUAAGCAGAACCUACAACCUGGAUGCAGCCAUUUUGUCUCUGCCUAAACGCAUUGCUGAUGCCAUCAUUUACAUGCAGGACAACCUGAACACUUUCAACAACAAGGUGUUCCAGGCGUGUGGUAUACCUCCAGAGAACCCCAACCCAGAGGAGCCAAAAAAGAGAGUUGAAAACUUUGUAGAUGACGUGAGCAGGACUUCAGCAACAAGUGUGGAAAAACUGUUAUCAGAUAUAUCCCGCAAGAUAAGGAACAUGAUGCAGUACUGGAUUCAGUUGCCCAAUAAACUGUGUGUGGACCGAGAGGCAAAAGGCACCGAUGAGAACAAAUGCUGGAACGGAAUGGCCGUAGAUAGGUAUCUCCCAGAGGUGAUGGGAGAUGGACUGGCCAACCAGAUCAACAACCCUGAAGUGGAGAUUGACAUCACCAAACCCGACAUGAUAAUACGACAACAGAUCAUGCAGCUCAAAAUCAUGACGAGCCGAAUGAAGAACGCCAUCAACGGCAAUGAUGUGGAAUUCCAGGAUGCCAGUGAUGACAUCAGUGGCUCCGGAAGUGGGAUGUGUAACGAUGAUCAGUGUUUCCACAACCAGCAAAUUAUGGUUCGCAGCACACGCAGACCGAGAGUCUAUCCCAACACUUCUGGGGACAAGAAACAAGUGAAAGGUGAUGGAAGACGGAUCCUCCCUUGCUUCGCCAUUUACCUGCUCUCAUUGGCCACAGUGCUGCUUAGGCGAUAAUUGUUGUUUCAGCCAAUCAGGACUCAGUAUGGGAUGGGGAUGGACUGAGGAGGGGCGGGGGCAGAUAUGUUGCCAAAAAUAAUAUCAUAACAAGCAUAUGAAACUUACAAACAAUAGCAAAAUGUGCAAAAUGAAUGGUCUUCUUUGUCACUACACAGAAUAUUCUUUUAUUUCUGGUCUUUAUGUCUGUUUUGAAUACCUGCACUCCUAGAAGUUCUCUGGUGAAAAAUAUUGCGCAAUUUCAAAACUGAUAAAUGAUUCUCUAGGUAAGGAUUUAACUAUAUAUUUGAAAGUCUGUGCUAUAAGAGCUGCGGAAGUAUCUUAUUUGUUCGCAUUCAAAAAAAUUUAGAUAAUUUAUUUAUUAUUACCGGAUUCCCUCUAAUCCUGAAAUGUCAAAUAGGUCAAAAAACAGAGAAGUUUUAGACUUCUACAAAUAAUAAACCUGCAAUAUUUUAUAUUUGCACCAUUUUUAUCAUAAGCGACCAUUUCUUUUUUUUUCUCUCACGCACUUUUUUCAUGCUUUUAAUAAUCAUUGUCAUUAUCUUUUUUUUGUCUCCCCCAAUUGCAGCUUCAAGGCUCAGGCUUGCAUAAAACACUACCUAUAUUUACCACAGUUAUGAAUAAAACACAAAGAGCAAUAUUCUGGCUUUGAAGCUCACACACCAGCAGAAUAAAAGUGACAAUAUUUUCGAGAAGUUUGAUCAGUUCACAGAAGCUGUACGUGAAUCUGUAUGAUAAUGUCUUGAUCGAAUCAAAUUUCCCCAUCAUCUCUGAGCAUUUUUUAUUUUUAUGUUUUGUUUUAUUUUUUUUUGGACAGAUGGCAUUCGUAAGGAGUUUUGAACACUGCACUGUUGUGUACUUCAGUAAGAUAGCAAUGUGCAGGAUUCAGUAAUGAACUACAUGAACCCUCUGUACUUCUCUGUUGGAAAAUGUUGUUGGUGUUUAUGUAGUGCUCUCACUGCAAUGUUAGUGAUCCUUAAUGAUCAUGGAAGUCUAUGAAUGACACUCUGUAGACAAAAUGUUGAGAAGGAGGUUGAGCAGUUUGGAUGGUGAAAUGUUUGUGGACAGGUAGAUGUUUGAAAUGUGUGUGUGUGUGUGUGUGUCUUGGUGAUAGAUAUUCAGAUGCAUGUGUUAGGGAUGUAACCAAAUAUGAAUUCAUUAUUUGGAAUGAACUGAUGUUUUGAAUCUGUUCUAAACAGGUACAAAUAUGAACAUGAUAUGAUUCGUAGGAGCACUAAUGUGUGUGUGUGUGUGUGUGUGUGUGUGUGCGUAUUCACACCUCAAUACUAGAGGUGUGUGUCAGGCCUGGGACCCCGUAGGAUGCAACAAAAUAGUCAUACAAGCAGGAAGUUUUUACUUUUGUGCCGGCACAAGUGAGCAGUCAGAUGUAACUCACGGGACAAAUAAACAAUAUAGGAACAUGCAGCACUGCACAAUGUACAACAGCUUUAAUAUCAGUCCGGCAGUGGUAUUAAGCAACUACAAUAAAACUAAUGGGAUCAAAUUUGUUUAAAACUAUCACAAAACUGAAAUAAAGACAAAAUAAUAACUGCACAAGCAGGUUUAAACAGUCACUCUAGUUCAGUUUGAUCUGUGUGUUUGUGGACAUAGAUAGAUUAAGAAGUGUGUGUGUGUGUGAGCCUUUGACAGUGUGGGCAUGUGUACUCAAGGGCCCUUGGAGGUGUGUGUGUGUGAGUGUGUGUGUAUGUGAUAGAGAGUAUAAAAUUGAAUGCUCAUCUUUCAGUGCCUGUGACAGAACACCCUUGUUCUGGGAACAAGUAAUAAUGGCGCAGGGUGAUGACAUCACUACAGGACAAGCAGUGGACGUGAUUGUGUUCAGAUUGUGCAUACUGCAGUUACUGCAGCCUGUAGUGACCAUGUGCUCAGAACCACUGCAUGCUGGGACAUCCCCUUUUUUUUUCUCCACUAUUCAUUUCUUGUCCUAGCCCUGACACAUUCCAAAAUGAAUGAAAUGAAAAAUAAGUAAAGGAAAAAAAAUAUAAACAAAAAAAAAAUGUAAAUUUAUUUGCACAACUCUGUGUAGUCACUCUGUGUAGCUCUCAUUUCAGUUGCUCCAUUCCUUUCCUGAAAGCUUUUUUUUUUUUUUUUUAAAUAUUGCACUUUUUGUGACAUAUUUUGUGACAUGUUGACUCUUAAGUAACACAGCAGCCGCAGCACGACUUGAUUGACGAUCUGUAGCAGAGCAUCAGUGAUAAAGCGGCUGAUAGAUUGGACACAAAUGUUGAAAAAUAUGUAUUAAUAAACCCUCCGAUAGGAAAAAAAUUAGAUCGAAGUGAAGACAGGAUUUGAUCAGAUAGCAUUGUGGAUAAUAGGGUCCAAUAUAUAAGGAGAAAUUUGUUGGUUAAAUGCAGUCAUAUGCAGAACAGUGAAUUUAUGGUCAUGUUUUAGUGCUACCUUAACCUUCAUUUAGACAUGACAUUUGCACCAGUAUACUGUACAUAUUCAGCCUGUAAACCACUAAAAUUAUCAAAUAACUGGGAUGAUCUCCUGGGAUACUUCAUCAUUCUAUCAGUAAGGACUGAAGGAGACAGUAGCUCACACUGGGGUGCAUGGCAGAAUGGUGCCAUGGAUAAUGGGUACAGAAAAAUGUAUACACUUUUUUUUCAAAAAGCAGGAUUACAUAAUUGCAUGUCAUGUAUUAAGAACAGUGAAGUCAAGUAAAGGGUUCAGCCGAUUCAGAUCACUAGCCCAUGAAUGCCUGUUCUAACAACCUGGGCCCUAAAUAGCCACUUGUAUUGUUAAAUAUGACUGACAUCGGUGAAAUGAAAUUUAAACUAGAAAAAAAAAUGCAAAUAUCUAUAAGAUGUUCUGAUAUAUGCUUUAUUGUUUUUGUGAUUCCAUUUCUCUUUUUGUUUUUCAAUAAACACCAAUAGACCGUUUCUGUUCAUGGAUGGAGUGUCAAAAAAAAAACACUUGAUGCAAAUUUGUCAAUUUGCUGUUUUACGUUCCUGGAAAAAAAAAAAAAAAAAAACUUGUCAAUUAUAUACAUCAUACAAUUUUGAA